GACCCAUAUAUGCGGGACUUGACCGUCGCACCAGUCCUUGUUUCCCCCGACUUGACCUGAUGGCAACCACUCGUGCUAAGGGGAAGUCAUCCACCCCUUCGCCCUCAAAGAAACGUGCUGCCCGUCACUGUCGUAAGUGCCCAGGGUCUCCUUUGCUGGCCAGUUGUCCCUGUCGUCGUCGUGGUCGUCGUUCUGCGGUGAGUUUCCCUGUUUUCCUUUUUUUCUUUCUUUUUUUUUCUCGCCCCGUUGGACUUUUCCUGACAGUCUCUUAGCCCUCUACGUCUUCACAGGCAUCAGGCGUCAAUGUGCCCAAUCCUCAAGGUGGACCGUUGGGUGUGGCUUCAGUAUACUUGUGCAGCGCUGCCACCACUUGACCUAGCCUUUGUGCCAAUAGACCCCGCUCUGUUGGCAGAGGACGCUCAGCGGGCUCAGCAACCGCAACCCCUUCAGCCAUCGUCCUCACCCCCUCCUCUUUCUCCAUCCUCAGCGUCGGUCACUGGGUCAGGACGUCGGAUCCGUCCUUCGAAUCAGAACCCGAUUUAUGGUUUUGUUGAUGGUGCUGGCCGUGGUAAUGCCUGUCUUCGUGUUGCUCGAGUUCGUAAGCUCGAACCACCCUUUGCACUCCAGACCGAUGCCACUCGCAAGUUCGAUGAGUGGACUCGGGAUCUCCUCACCCGGGCCGAGUCCAUCUCCACGCGAACCGGGAGCUGGGUAUAUAUCGCCGUCCACAACCCCAAUUCCCGCACCCCUUUUACUUGGUUUACCUCGCGCAAGCUUCGUCGCGAGGCCCCUGGUCUUGUCCAGGAGGUCCACUCAGUUGUCAGUAAGACCAUGAAGGCCGUCGUUGCAGGUGUCCGCGAGUCAGCGACUCAGUUGGAGGCGAGUAGGAUUGAUGCAGAGACUCGGGCUGAUGCGGCCACUCAGCAUGCAACCCAAGUCUCUGAGGAGAAUAGGCGCCUGAAGGCUGAUUUGGAGGCUCGUAACCGCCUUCUCGCAUCCCUCCUCUCUAACAACCCUGGUGUUAUUACUCAGUUCACUGUUCCCGGUUCGUCAUCAGCUUAG